UAACGCGAGUUGGUCAAUUUCAGGUUGCCAGUUGUGCGUCGCAGGUUUUGAUGUUGAAAGUGAGAGAAGGCGUUUUUGUGAGUUUUGCUGAAGUUUGCUGAAACAAACAAUUCGACGUGAUUCGAAUUGUUUGUUUUCCCGUUGACGUGGGGAAAAAAAGACAUGCAGGGUAUAAGGAAUCUCUUCCGCGCUCCGUGGGCCAGCGCCGAGAAGCUGGAGGGCAAGACUGUGCUCAUCACCGGAGCCAACACCGGCAUCGGCUUGGAGGCGGCGGCCGACCUGGCCACGAGAGGUGCCCGGGUGAUCAUGGCGUGCCGUGACAUGGAGAAGGCUCAGGCGGCCAUCAAAGAGGUGAAGGAGCGCUCGCUGAACGAAAACGUGGUGUGCGUGAAACUGGACCUGUCCGACACUAAAUCCAUCCGAGAGUUUGCGCAGGCCAUCAAUGAAGGGGAGACCAAACUGAACAUCCUGAUCAACAACGCGGGCGUGAUGGCGUGCCCGUACGCCAAAACGGCCGACGGCUUCGAGUUGCAGAUAGGUGUCAAUCACUUCGGCCACUUCCUGUUGACGUUCCUCCUGCUGGACCUGCUGAAACGCUCCAGUCCGGCGCGUGUCGUGACUGUGUCCUCCAUGGCUCACUCUUGGGGAUCUAUCAACUUGGACGACAUCAACAGCGAGCGCGCCUACGACAAGAACAAAGCGUACGCGCAGAGCAAGCUAGCUAAUGUGCUGUUCACGCGCGCGCUCGCCAAACGGACGCAAGGCACGGGCGUGACGGCGUACUCUCUGCACCCGGGCGUGGUCCAGACGGACUUGUGGCGCCACCUGAAUGGGCCUCAGCGCUUCUUCUUGAAGAUGGCCAGCCCCUUCACCAAGACGUCGGCGCAGGGCGCGCGCACCACCGUCUACUGCGCCGUCGAGCCGUCGCUCAACGACCGGAGCGGCGGAUAUUACAGCAACUGCGCGCCCGCAAACUGCUCGACGGCGGGCGAGGACGACGAGCUGGCGCAGAAGCUGUGGGAGCUCAGCUGUCGGAUGCUCAACAUCACGUGGGACUGACUGCCUGCGAUUCCAACACUUCUUGCUAAUAUUCAUAACGCAGCUUUGUACUGAAUGUUUGGGUCUAACUGUAUCUGCUUGUGUUUGCACACCUGAAAAAUAUCUACUUAAUAAAUAAUUACAAAGACAAUUCUGUUAUUUUUGAACCUCACUAGUUGAAAGGUUUUACUACCCU